AUGGUACCCCCUCCUACCUAUCCAUAUGGCAUGCCCGCUUGGUAUAACCCGCAAGCUGUCUGUGCUUAUCAUUCGGGGGCACCCGGACAUUCAACUUUGGAUUGCAAGGCUCUUAAGCAUAAAGUUCAAGAUAUGAUUGAAGCUGGAGAGAUUGUAAUUAGAAAAAGGGAGGCACAAGGCCCGAAUGUAAAUAGGAACCCCUUGCCUGAACACGCUAAUACCAUUGGGGUCAUUCUGGAUGACGCAGAGUAUGAGGAGCAAGUCCAGAAAUUGGCGAGGAAAGCUGAGGUGUUUGGGGUCACAGAACCAUUUGUAAUAGAAGAUGAACCAUUUGAGGAGGAUAAAAGACCUUUUAUUCUGGAUCUCACUCCAGCUGAAAGCAAGGCUUUGGAGCCAGUGGUCGUUGAAUUCCCAGAGCAGGAGCCUGUUCUAAGUUUGAAGCGAGUGCCGUGGAACUACAAUGAACCUGUUACACAAAUUGGAAGAAAGUCAACUGCCAAAGAAGAGGUGUCAGUGGUCACCAGAUCUGGGAGGGUCGCAAGUCCGUUUGGAGCUCCCGUUCCGAUUCAAGCAAACAACUCCGAGCCGCCCGCUAAACCGACAAUUACUGAGAAGGAAGCCUUGGAUUUUCUCAAAAGGCUCCAAAGAAGUGAAUAUAAUGUGGUUGAGAAGCUGAGCAAGUCACCCGCCCAAAUAUCCAUGUUGGAUCUGUUAUUUUCUUCGGAUGUACAUAGGGACGCAUUGCUCGAAGUAUUGACCAAAGCUCAAAUCCCUAAGGACAUUUCGGUUGCUAAUUUCUCACACAUGGUUGGGAACGUGUUGUUUACAAAACAAAUCAUUUUUUUCGAUGACGAGUUACCGGCGGAAGGCAUUGGACAUAACAAAGCCCUGUACAUAGCUGUGAGGUGCAAUGGGAAAAUUUUGCCGAAGGUGCUGAUUGACAAUGGAUCUGCGCUUAAUACCUGUCCCUGGAGUACCUUGAAAAAGCUAGGAUUGCAAGAUAUCAAGCUGAGGCCUUCAGGGACCAUUGUUAGAGGUUUUGAUGGAGCACAAAGAGAGCCUAUAGGAGAAGUGGAUUUAGUCAUCGAAAUGGGGCCCGCACAGUUCCAAAUAGCUUGCCAAGUCAUGCACUUUCCUAGUGUUUACAAUGUUUUGCUUGGAAGGCUGUGGAUUCAUAAGUCUGGAGCUGUGCUUUCUUCAUUGCAUCAAUUGCUGAAGUUCAUAGUAAAUGACAAGUUGAUAACUAUUUUUGCCGAGGAGGAUUGCCUCGUGAUUGCUGAUUCUGGGUCCGAAGAAGAUGGUAGCCAAAACGCCACAGUGACCCCUCAUAGUAUAGCCGAUAUCGUCUCCGUAAGCUGGAUAAAAAAAGGAGGAACAAGCUCUGUCAAAGGCCAGUGUCAUGAUGGCCAAGGAAAUGAUACGUGGAGAAUAUGA